UCCUUGCUAGCGCCAGCUAGCAUGUUUGCUAAUGCGGCUAUGACACUUGCAGACGACGUUCAUUUUUACGACAAACUACCGCCUCUAAACGUUUCUAAACCAGAAAAGAAACACAUUUCCGUCCAUUGGAAAUGUUGUCUCGUCUAGCACAAGCUAGGAGACGGGAAACUAGCCCGCUUAAGCGAGUUUAUUCGUCCGGCGACAACGUUUAGGUGCGCAACAGACAGCUACAGCUUAGCUAGUGCCGAUUUAACUAGCUUCCUGCUUGUUGUCCAGACGCCCCAUUGAAAAAAAAAGGGGGCUGCCGAACAGAGGGAAUGCAUCACCCGGCCACGCAACACCGCUACUAGCGUCCAGCCUGGGUGUCGCUCCUGGGGAGGAAAGGACUCAAAGCGUGAGCCGGGCGCUGUUAAGUUUGUUGGAAAGGCAGAAACACGAAGGGAGAAAGGGAUGACAGCGUGUCGGACUGACCCUACCCCACGUCUCAGGUGAACCCUUCCCGGGCCCGGCCUACGCUACUGUUUACGGAGGAUGGGAACACAGUCGUCGUUAGCUGCUAGGCUAUUCUGUGUUUUGGAUUUUCCUCCAAGCCUCGUUAUGAAUCACCAUUUGUCCAGCGUUAUGUGAUACACCUCCCCACCGAGAGGAGAUCGGCACAAUAGUCAUGGACGCGGAGGAAGUUCCCCAAGAAGACAGCUGCUGUUAAACCAUGGAUCGUUGAUCUCGACUCUUUUUUUUUUUUCUUUUUUAUUAUUUUGAGCUUGUGCUUUUUUUUUUUCUUUUUCUUUUUUUGUGUGGUUUGUUUAGCUGUUUGUAAAUGACUCGUUUCCCCGGAUUCGCUCCCACCAUGGCCGCGUUCGCUGAGUUUGUUCCCCCUCCGGAGUGCCCGGUGUUCGAGCCGAGUUGGGAGGAAUUCUCGGACCCUUUAGGAUUCAUCAACAAGAUCCGACCCAUCGCGGAGAAGACGGGCAUCUGCAAGAUCAGACCUCCACAGGACUGGCAGCCGCCUUUUGCCUGUGAUGUUCGCAACUUUCGCUUUACCCCAAGAGUGCAGAGGCUGAAUGAACUCGAGGCACUCACCCGGGUAAAACUUAACUUCCUGGAUCAGAUUGCAAAGUUCUGGGAGCUGCAAGGAUCCAAGAUUCGCUUCCCUCAUGUUGAGAGGAAGAUUUUGGAUCUCUAUCAGCUCAGCAAGAUCGUGUCGUCUGAAGGCGGCUUUGAGACGGUCUGCAAGGAGAAGAGAUGGUCCAAGGUGUCGACCCGCAUGGGUUUCCCACCGGGAAAAGGCACCGGUUCUCUUCUGCGUUCACAUUACGAGAGAUUCCUUUACCCCUAUGAGCUCUUCCAGUCUGGAGCUACUCUCACGGGCAUCCAGCGGCUGUAUGACGAAGGACCAGAUGGGGAGGAAGUGGACGAGGGCGUGGGGGAGGAAGCGAUGGAGGAAGAGGAGCAAGAAGAGGAGGACGAAAAGGACAAAGAGGGGGACGCGACACAAACCAAAGAGCGGCUCCCUUCAGAGAGGCGCUCUCGGCGGCUGAAGUCGGAGAGGGAAAACAAGGAGCCCAAAGGCCUGAAAAUCUUCGGAUCAAGUCCCAAGAUGGUCGGUUUGGAGAUCGUAUCAGCUGAUGACGGGUUUAUUAAGAAGCAGCGGCACCUCAAAGCCCAGGCCUUCGCCAUUAAAAUGAGACCACGCAAGGAGACCCUGGAGGUCAACUUUAUUGACCUUUAUUUCUGCCUGGUGUGCGGACGAGGCGACGAGGAGGACCGACUGCUGCUGUGUGACGGCUGCGACGACAGCUACCACACUUUCUGCCUCAUCCCACCCCUGCAGGAUGUGCCCAAAGGGGACUGGAGGUGCCCGAAGUGUGUUGCUGAGGAGUGCAGUAAGCCCAGAGAGGCGUUUGGCUUUGAGCAGGCUGUGAGGGAGUACACUCUGCAGAGUUUUGGCGAAAUGGCCGACCACUUCAAAUCCGACUACUUCAACAUGCCAGUUCACAUGGUUCCAACAGAGCUGGUGGAGAAGGAGUUCUGGCGCCUGGUCAGCAGCAUCGAGGAGGACGUUAUCGUGGAGUACGGCGCUGACAUCAGCUCCAAGGAUGUGGGCAGUGGUUUUCCUAUAAAGGAUGGGAAGAGGAGGCUGCUGGGGGAUGAAGAGGAAUAUGCAAACUCGGGCUGGAACUUGAACAACAUGCCAGUGCUGGAGCAGUCCGUUCUCACCCACAUCAACGUGGACAUAUCGGGCAUGAAGGUGCCCUGGCUGUACGUGGGCAUGUGCUUCUCCUCGUUCUGCUGGCACAUAGAGGACCACUGGAGCUACUCCAUUAAUUUCCUCCACUGGGGCGAACCCAAAACCUGGUAUGGCGUACCGGCCUCCGCAGCGGAGAAGCUAGAGGCUGUGAUGAAAAAGCUGGCCCCAGAGCUCUUCGACUCUCAGCCAGACCUCCUGCACCAGCUCGUCACCAUCAUGAAUCCCAACGUCCUGAUGGACCACGGCGUCCCAGUUUACAGGACCAAUCAGUGUGCAGGAGAGUUCGUGGUAACCUUCCCACGGGCCUAUCACAGCGGCUUCAACCAGGGCUACAACUUUGCAGAAGCUGUUAACUUCUGUACCGCAGACUGGUUGCCGCUGGGUCGCCAGUGCGUUGCUCAUUACCGCCGUCUCCACCGCUACUGCGUCUUCUCCCACGAGGAGCUGCUGUGCAAAAUGGCGGCCGACCCGGAGAACCUCAACGUGGAGCUGGCGGCCGCCGUCUUCAAGGAAAUGGACGAGAUGAUCGAGGAGGAAACCAAACUGCGGCAGGCGGUCCAGGAAAUGGGGGUGCUCUCGUCAGAGCAGGAGGUCUUUGAGCUCGUCCCAGACGACGAGCGGCAGUGCUACAAGUGUAAGACCACCUGCUUCCUGUCCGCGCUGACCUGUCCCUGCAGUCCGGACAGGCUGGUGUGUCUCCACCACGCCAAGGAUCUCUGCGACUGUCCCCUCGGCAGCAAGUGUCUCCGCUACCGCUACGAUCUGGACGAGUUUCCGUCCAUGCUGUACGGCGUGAAGACGCGGGCCCAGUCCUACGAGACCUGGGCCAAGCGGGUCGCCGAGGCUUUGGCUGCAGACCAGAAAAACAAGAAAGAUCUAAUCGAGCUCAAGGUUCUGCUGGAGGACGCCGAGGACAGGAAGUAUCCCGAGAACGUUUUGUUCUGUCACCUGAGGGAGAUGGUGAAGGAAGCAGACACGUGUUCCUCUGUGGCCCAGCUGCUGCUCAGCCGCAAGCAGAGGCACAGCAGCCGCCUUCGCUCUGAGAGCAGCCGCAACCGCACCAAGCUGACCAUGGACGAGCUGAAGGCUUUCGUGGAGCAGCUCUACAGGCUGCCCUGCAUCAUCAGCCAGGCGCGACAAGUCAAAGAGCUACUGGAGACCGUAGAGGACUUCCACGAGCGAGCCCAGGUUGCCCUUUCGGACGAGAUGCCCGACUCCUCUAAGCUGCAGGAGCUUCUGGACCUGGGCAGCGGCCUGGACGUGGAGCUCCCCGAGCUUCCCAAGCUCAAGCAGGAGCUGCAGCAGGCGCGCUGGCUCGAUGAGGUGCGUGGGACCCUCGCCGAGCCCCACCGUGUCACUCUGGAGCUCAUGAAGAGGCUGAUCGAUUCUGGAGUAGGUCUGGCGCCGCACCACGCCGUGGAGAAGGCAAUGGCCGAGCUGCAAGAGGUCCUGACGGUCUCCGAGAGGUGGGAGGAUAAAGCACGGGCCUGCCUGCAGGCUAGGCCUCGCCACAGCAUGGUGACCCUAGAGAGCAUUGUGCUGGAGGCCAGGAACAUCCCGGCAUACCUGCCUAACGUUUUGGCCCUGGAAGACGCUCUGCAGAAGGCCAAGGACUGGACCUCUAAGGUGGAGGCCAUCCAGAGCGGGAGCAGCUACGCUUACCUGGAGCAGCUGGAGAGCCUGCUGGCCAGAGGUCGCUCCAUCCCCGUGCGGCUCGACCCGCUCGGACAGGUGGAGUCUCAGGUGGCGUCGGCCCGAGCCUGGAGGGAGCGCACCGCCCGCACCUUCCUCAAGAAGAACUCCACCUACAAUCUGCUCCAGGUUCUCAGUCCUCGCGUGGACAUCGGCGUAUACAGCAACAGCAAGAGCAAGCGGAAGCGCGUGAAGGAGCUGAUGGAGAAGGAGCGGGGCGGCUACGACCCCGACGCCCUGAGCGACCCGGAGGAAGGCCUCGACGAGGUCCGGGACCCGUCGGCCGUGGUGGCCGCCUUCAAAGCCAAGGAGCAGAAGGAAGUGGAGGCCAUCCACUCGCUCCGCGCCGCCAACCUGGCCAAGAUGGCCAUGGCGGACCACAUCGAGGAGGUCAAGUUCUGCCUCUGCCGGAAGACGGCCAGCGGCUUCAUGCUGCAGUGCGAGCUGUGCAAGGACUGGUUCCACGGGGCGUGCGUCCCGCUGCCCAAGACGGGGACGCAGAAGAAGGCGGGCGUCGGCUGGCAGAGCAACAGCAAAGACUCCAAGUUCCUGUGCCCGCUGUGCCAGAGGUCGCGGAGGCCGAGGCUGGAGACCAUCCUGUCCCUGCUGGUGUCCCUGCAGAAGCUGCCGGUGCGUCUGCCUGAAGGAGAGGCUCUGCAGUGUCUGACGGAGAGGGCCAUGAGCUGGCAGGAUCGAGCGCGUCAAGCUUUGGCCACGGAGGAGCUGUCCUCAGCGCUGGCGAAGCUUUCCGUGCUCAGCCAGCGCAUGGUGGAGCAGGCGGCCAGGGAGAAGACGGAGAAGAUCAUCAACGCCGAGCUGCUGAAGGCGGCCGCCAACCCCGACCUGCAGGGCCACAUCCAGACCUUUCAGCAGUCGGGUUUCAGCCGAGCGGCCUCGCCACGCCUGUCUGUGGACUACGAUGACGAGGAAACGGAUUCAGACGAGGACAUCCGCGAGACUUAUGGUUACGACAUGAAGGACCCAGGCGAGGUGAAGCCCUACCUGUUCUGCGACGAAGAGAUCCCCGUGAAGUCGGAGGAGGUGGUCAGUCACAUGUGGCCUGCAGCCACUCCGUCUUUCUGCGCCGAGCACGCCUACUCGUCAGCCUCCAAGUCCUGUGUGCAAAACAUCAGCACGCCCAGAAAGCAACCGAGGAAGACCCCCCUUGUCCCCCGGAGCCUGGAGCCCCCCGUGCUGGAGCUGUCGCUGCAGGCUAAGGCCCAGCUGGAGGACCUGAUGAUGCUGGGAGACCUGCUGGAGGUGUCCCUGGAUGAGACCCAGCACAUCUGGAGGAUUCUGCAAGCCACGCACCCUCCCUCUGAGGAGAGAUUCUUGCAAGUCAUGGAGCCUGAAAACUCCGUGUUGGAGAAGCCGCUCAAGAUCAAAUUUAAAGAUUCGGAGAAGAAGCGCAAGCGGAAGCUGGAGCGAGCCGAGCAGCACCACAUGCUGAUGGCCGCCGCCGGUGGCGCCUCGGCCGUCGGGGACCUGAGACUGCAGAAGUCCAAGGAGCUGAAACGGGUUGGCCUGGAGCUCGGCCUCGGCGGCAAACCCAAGAAGAAGAAGCUGAAGCUCAACCUGGAGAAGAACCGGGAGAUGAAGCAGCUCGCCAAGCGGCUGGCCAAGGAGGAGAAGGAGCGGAAGAGGAAGGAGAAGGCGGCGGCGAAGGCGGAGGCCAUCAAGGAAGGCCUGGAGAGGAGGAAGGAGAAGAAGAUCCUGGACAUCCCCUCUAAGUACGACUGGUCGGGUGCCGAGGACUCCAACGACGAGAACGCGGUGUGUGCGGCGAAGAACUGCCAGAGGCCGUGUAAAGACAAGGUGGACUGGGUGCAGUGCGACGGCGGCUGCGACGAGUGGUUCCACCAGGUCUGCGUGGGCGUGUCGUGCGAAAUGGCGGAAAACGAGGACUACAUUUGCGUGGACUGCUCCCAGAAGGCGGCCGGCGUGCUGGUGGGAACGGCCGUGGAAGAAGUGGCGGCGGAGAACAUCGUGGUCUUGGCCCCCUGCGGCACCGCGGCGGCGGCGUCCGUGGCUCCGUGGUCCGCCGCGUCCCUCUUAAACGCCGCGGUUUCACACCAACAGCAGGAGCCUCGGCAGGACAGCUAGCACUGAGAGUGGGCUGAGCACCUCCAGGACAAAAAAAAAACUGUGUACAGGCUUAUUUGAUGAGAAGGGGACUUCUUUUACCUUCGAUCGGGACGUUCUCUGUCACUGUCUGGACUGUAAAGCACAAGAAACGAUGUUCUCUCUGACUUCUGUGGUGUUUAGUGCAAAAGUCAAAGUUGUGGGUCUACAGCAACUCCCUUAAUGGCAACAUUGCUCUAGUUUGAUCAACUUCCAACGAAAACACAGAUUUCCUCCAGCUGCUUUGUUUAGUCCGAACAAACAAAUAGGUUCCCAGUCCGCUCACUGCUGCCCCCUACGGAAACAUCUCAAUGUGUAGCACUCAAGAACAGAAGAAAACAAAAAAACGGCUAAAAACGUAGUGGAAUUAUUUAUAAUGUAUAUAACUUUUAAACAGUUAAACAAAAUGGUUUGUGGCUUUUUGUUUUCUCACCUUUUAAUAAACGAUUCCUAGUCAAAUCGUA